AUGCCUCUAACAGAUUUAAACUUUUUUAAACGCAGAAAGAUGAAUGCUAGUAAAGAAACUAGUAGCAUUCAACUCUCCGAAGGCUUUAAACAAUUAUUUUCUAUUAAAGAUAUAUUUCAAUCAAUUGUAAUGGGAGGAUUUAUUUCUCUCCCUGAUGCUAUUCGAAUGUCGCUAGUUUGUAAAGAUUGGUUUCAAAUGAUCGAAAGUACGGAAUCGUAUAACAUGUUUUUGAAAUGUUUUAUUCAAUCAUCCACUAAACAUCUCUCCAAAUUGACUAUCCAAAAUUCUACCAAUGGUACUGACAUUAGUUUAACAAAAGAUCAUGCCAAAAUAAUAUAUGAAAUGAUCAGAGGAUGGAGUUGUGUUAGAUCAUGCCAAAGUAAUCGAUCAUUCUAUUUCACAGAGAAUAAUAAUUAUCCCUAUAUUGGUGAUCAACAUGUGGUGUCAGCUCAGCAAUUUUUCACUCCUCAUCUAAUUAACACUAAUUUAACAAUUGUACCAGAUAACAUCCCAUCCAGAAAAAAAGAAAUCUUUGGAUUAUUUUACAAUAUCGGAAAUGAGAACGAGGAGUUUAAUUUUGAGAAAAUCUAUUGGGCACAGAAAGAGAUAGUGUAUAAUUAUGAAGAGUAUUUUUUCCUACCCAUGAUUAAAUUAACUAGAAAGAAAGGAAGCAAUAUUAAUUGGAAAGAUAUUUAUUUUGGCUCCUGUGCUGAAUGGAGGGAUGAGCAUAAAGAGCUCAUCAGAAAUAUAACCAAGGAUGGCAAAACAUUUGUUGUGGAUUCGAAUUUGUCGUAUGUUUUUGGAUCAUGUUUCGAUGGUGAGGUGGAGCAUAAAAUUCUGAAAAACAUUAGAAAGUGCUCAAGAUUUACUCUUCGUCACCUACCAUACGAAUUUUUGCAUGGAAAUUUCAACGAUGACGAUGAUGAUACCAAGCCAAAUAGUCAUAAAGGAGGAUUGAAUGACUUCUUCAAUCUUACUUUGAAGAAGAUGCUCUACCGAUACUUGAAAAUGAAUUUGCUAAAUAUUCCAAUAUGUAGAGAGUAUAUUUUUACCUUUUUGAUUUAUCUUUCUAAGAAACUUCACUAUGCUCACAGAUUUUCGUUUUAUCACGAUUCUCAAUUGGAGGGAAGUUCACUUAUUCAAUUAGGUGCAGAUGAACAGGUAAUGGAUUGGCUGAAUGAAUAUAAGAAAUGUGAAUGUAAAAACUAUGAUGAGAUCUUUCACACCAUUGUGAGAGUUGAGUUGGAUUAUUAUGGAUCUAUUCAGGGAGAGGAGGUAAAAUCUCAUUUAUAUGUUCUCUCCUUAAAGAAAGAUGAUGAAAAUGAAAUAUGCAAUUUUGAGUUUGUGGACUAUCAUUAUUAUAAUUACAAAAUUGUUGGAGAAAUUCUGAGUUAA